AUGUAUUUCUGGUUCUUACUUAUCAGCCUUUAUAUUGUUAAUUUAUCAACAAUCGAAGGUGUAAUUCGUAUCUCUUCCGAUACUCAAAAAGCUGUUGCUAAUUAUCAGCAUGAAGAAUCUUUUAACAAACGUGUACUGCUUGUUAAAAAUGACAAUUUAACAUUGAACAGUAUAGAUGCGUGCAAAAUUUGUGGGGAAUUUAUUGAAGAUUUGAAAACAAUUAUCAAUGGUACAGCAUCAUACUCUCUCAGUCGGGAAAUGCUAGAACGAUGUGAGCAUAAGCUCGGUGAUGAUAUCAUUUUCGAGCCAAUCUGUCGGGUUAUUCUUAUCGAACUGACGAGAGUUUUAAAAUACAUCAAUGAUAACAUUGAUUCCCGUAAAAUAUGCCACUUAUUACAUGCAUGUGCUUGA